AUGAACUGGCACCUGGGCGUCACCCUGGUCGACCUGUCAAACCUGGUGACCUGGGCACACAGCCACGGGACCAUCUGCCGACAGACCCCCGGGCACCAGGGAGCGCUGCAGUUGAGCCCGAGGGGCGAGUGCACUGUGAUGUGGCUGUGUGCCGCUGGGCAUGCUUACAACUGGCCCUUCACCCCUCUGUUACCUGUCAGCACUGCCUCCAACCCCUGGGGAGAGGAGGAGGGGCAAGAGGGGGGUCAACCGUCAGGGAGAAAGAGGAAACGAAGCAAGCAGAAGCACUCAAGAAGAAGCAAGCUCAGCCUCUGUGAAGAGGCCACCAACGUGAGCUCAGACCUGAGCGACUGCAGCCUCCUCACACAGGCCUCCACCGAGAACAGGAACGAGCACGACUCCUGCAACGGGACAGCAGGGGACCUCUCUAUGGAAGAAGGGGAGCCAGGAGAGGAGAUCCAACCCAAAACCGAGGCCCCAUCUGAGGAGGUGAACCCUGACGGAAGCCAAAAGGACUUCAGAGUCAGGGUCAAGGAGGAAAACGGAGAGUUCUGGGUCGAAUACAAGGCCCCCUCUCCACAAAACCUACUCCAGAUCCUUGAGAUUGCGUCUUCACCACAGGACGGGGACUCAAAGCCUUUCUCCCUUCUUGGUUUGCCUGGGGAAUCCAAUACCCUCGCCAUCCACAAAGUGUCCCACUGGGAUCUGAGCACUCCCACAGCUGAGGAUUGGGGGCCGAACAUGGGCAAGAGCAGCAGGGCCGCCCCCCCUAGAGGCUCCAUUGACUGCGUCAUUCUGGGACAGGACUGCCUCGCAGAGUCUCACUCCGAUCCUAAAGGCCCAGGAGUCAUGCCAUUGGAGCUGGAUGAAUGCUGCAAACCCAGAAGCCCCACCAGGUCUAAACUAGAGACCUCCAGUAAAGACCAAGCCCUUGAUCCACCCAUUAUCUCUGAGGAACAGAAAGAGGAGGCUCCCAGCCCUGGAUGUGCCGUGGUUCCCCUGUCUUUCAGAGAGAACCUCCUCCAGGAUGGCAAAUAUAUGAGGCCACUUCUGGGCACUUCACAGAAAAAACAGCUCAACACACCGGAGAGCAAGACUCCAUCCCGCAUCCUCGGUGACAUCAAGAUGUUCAAGGACUGGCUAUUGUCACAGAUCCCUCCGGAGACGAGAGAGGUGAGCUCCCUGCUUCCCCGAGAGCUGGACAGCCACCUGGCAGCCUUCUUCGGGGCGGUGCGGCGGGCCAACGGGGCUGACUUCAGCGCCAACUCCCUGGUGUUCUUCCAUCGCGGCGUGGAGCGCUACCUGCGAUCGGAGGGGUACGGGCUGAGCCUCACCAAAUCCCCCGAGUUCUCCGGCUCCAGGGAGGCCCUCCGAUUCCGUUUCCGAGAGCUGUGGCGCCGAGAGAAGGAGCGCGAGACGAAGGCCAUCGAAGGACUGGGCUUCGAGGAAGAAGAGCUCCGGCUGAAAGGAGUCUUGAGCCGGCUGAGCCCAGAGGGGCUGCUGACCCUCGUCCUGCUCAAUAACACCAGGGCCUUCGGGAGGGCCCACCUCACCCAGAGCUGGCCUGUUUCCUGGGGGGAAUUCCGGCUGGUGAGGGAGGCCGGGGUGGGCGAUGGGGGUGAAGGGGUGACGGAGUAUCUGGAGUGGAGGGACUUCCGGGGGAGCGAACCCCACCUCCGCCUCUACAGCACCCCUGAGAAUCCGGAGCGCUGCCCCCUGCAGGAUUUUAAGGAGUACGUACGCAGGCGUUCAGGGGGCUACCUGAGCCCCCAGGACCCCCUUUACGUCUCCUGCAAGCCCCUGAACAGUGCUUGGGAGGACACCUGGUACUGCAGGAAGGCCCUGCCCAAAUCCAAGAUGGAGAAGAUGGUGAAGGUCCUAAGCCAGCAGGUUCUCGCUAUACGGAAGAAAAAUGGGAUCAACUCCAAAGGGAUCUAA